UUUGGCUCAGCUUUUGGCUGAGCCACCAUCGCCUCCGCCGCAGCCGAACUCCCCCCCCCUCACUCUCCUCCGACUCGCAGCAGUCCGGUUGUAAAGCUAUGGACGGUGCGGCCGACCUGCUAGCACUUCUGCCCGAAGUGCAAGAGGCACUAUGUGACGAAUUUGAUGGCAUUGAGUGCUCGGUCGGUCCUGGUCCAGAUCUAUCUCAGUCGCCGUUCAGGCUUGAAGUGACUCAUCUUGGCAGAGAGAUAACAUUCGUUCCCGAUAUCGCACAUCUGGACGAGUUCGACGCUGCUGGACUACACAGAAUUAAUUUAUCCAAGAGCAGCGCUCUGUUCACCGAUGGACGCUCCAGCUGUUGUCUGGAACUCGUUCUUGGCCGAGGUCGCAACUGGCGUGAUCCGCUCAUUAAGCUCUUUGACAGAUUAUAUCCGAACAAAUGGGCUUUCUUCGUCGUGGAACUCGAACACAGUCAACCAACAUAUCAUCUUCUAUGCUGUAAUUCACCAGUAAUAUCCACUCGGCGAGAAGAUACACCGGAUUCGACGGAAGCAUCAUCCCAAAUCAGUUCACCACCAGAAUCGGUAGCCGAAUCUACCAGCUAUUCGUUAUGGAUUGCACCUGUAACACGAGUAUUUGCUUUACCGCCAAUGCCUGCUGUGAAGAAAGUAAGGGUAGUGAAGAAAAUCGUUAAAAAACGCACUCCUAACGAGGAUCUGGGCGAUGAUAAUGGGGAGAAGAAAAAAAUUGCACCAACUGCAGUAAAUUCUAAAGUCAGAGCAUUGCGAAAGAAACUGGACAAAAAGGAGGACGAGCCACCUGCAACUGAGCAGAAUCACACCAUGACAAAUGGAAAAUCUUCGUCUACUAGGUCGUCCCCGGAAACAACAAAGCUUCCAGAAAAAUCGGAAAAAUUGACAAAUGGAAUUUCUUCAAGGUCCUCACAAGAAAAGUCGAAAUCUCCGGAAAAGACGGAGAAGACGAACGGUAUUGCAUCAUUGUCCAAGAAUCUAAAAGAGCCCGCCAAAGCCCCGGAGAAGUCUGCUCUUGAGCGUGCUGCUGAUAGAAUGUCCCACACUAGUCCCGGGCGGGGUCUGACUAACGGAGUAGAACAGAAUGCUGGCACAUCAAAGUCGCCAACUUCAGAGGCAAAAUCCGCCGAAGAGGCAGAAAACUCAAGCAUUAGCGACCUCAGGAAAAAGCUCAUGGAGUCUUCGGAAAGCACCAGCGGCAUGAAUGGCGAGCGCAAAUCCACAGUGCUUUCACGAGUACCUUCUAGCAGAAAGAGUUUAACACCCGAUCGACGUCUUGAUCCAAUUUAUGAAGGUAACCGCAAAUUGCGAAACACAUCGUUUGCUAUUGGAAGUCUACCGAAAGAACGCGGUUACGCGAACAGUGACGAUUUGAGAAAAGAGUAUACAAGGGAAAAUGCACGAAAGGUUGCAAGGACUGCGGCAGACGAGGCCGAAAAUGACGCAGGCAAAGGUCUGAAGGAGAGAUCUCUGUCUCCCGCAAAAGUUCUCGAACAGGAAGUAGUUUGCCGGGCAAAUGGCAUCAAAGCCGAGAUGCCAGUAUUCUGCCUGCAGCUCAUUCUGGGCAAAUACUUUACAUAUGAACAGCUGGGCCAGCUUAGAGCAGUACAUCCUCAUUGGGACGAGAUAUGUGGACAGCUCUUGAACAGUGGAUAUUACAAACUGCUGGAAAGGUCCGAUCAAAUGCUGAUGGCACUGCAACGAAAGCUGCCAUCCGAUCCCAGCCUUCACUUUCCAACUAGUGUUCUCACAAACAUCCAAGUGCACAUCUUGAACUCUGUUGAUAUCAUGAGAGCUGUACUUGAUGAAGGUGUAUGUUGCUUCCCAUACGGAGCGAUACUGGAUAAAACAAACACUCUUCUUGAUCAAAUCGAAUUUAUGGUGAGAGGCGGAGAUUAUGAGGAAAAGAUCAAAUGGGAACCUGUAGCUCUACUUGCAAAGAAAGCUGCUCUUCAUUAUCGCACUUACUUGGAGAGAACCAUGGAAGAAAGGCUCGGAGAAGAAGUGCGGCUCAAAGCAGCGCAACGAAUUAUCCGGCUUGAUUCAUUCUUGGUCGAGAGCACAGUAUCGAAACUUGAAAAAGACGCGAACAUGGCGAGAGAUGAACUGAAGUGGGAGCUGGAACAGUUGCAGCAGCAAAAUCAACAGUUGAGGAAGGACAAUCGUCAGCUGAAGCUAGAUCACAUGCGCUUGGAGUCGCGUGUUGAAAUACUGGAACAGAAAUUCAAAACGCUGGCAAGGCUGCUUAGUUCUUAAGUGCACUUUCCAAAUUAGCCGUCGCAUGCUACCCCCGUAAUUACGAAAGCUGGGGAUUUGCCGGUGUUUAUCGAUAUUAGAACAUCUUCUUCUUUUAUUGAGUUUACUUGUAAUUUAUUGUUCAUAUGCUCACAUUUGACAGUUAAAUGCUGUGUUGUUUGCUUCAUUAGCCUGUUCACAGGCUCUUUCUUUUCUGCGAGUUCUUAACUAGCCUAAACUCUUUUCUUUUCUCUAAAUUAGUUAGUUCUUUUCUAACAAACGAAGAAUCGCUUCUAUCUUCACUAUCCUAUGAGCGACUCUUACACGCUUUCCACUUAUCUCGCUCAUCUGACAAGGCUUUCUCUGGCUAAUAAGCCAACUUCCAUUGACAAUCACGUCGUGUCACACAUUUUUGUUUUGAAGUUAUAGUUCAUAUGUUUAUCUUGCAAUAAAG